AUGCCGACCCUCUAUAAGAUUUAUGCGGUGGUGCUGGUAGGGAGGUUGGAGAAGGAGGUGGAGGGGAAAGGCAUGAUCUCGGAAAACCAGGCAGGGUUUAGGAGAGGGAGGACCACGACGGAUCACAUUUAUGUGUUAAACCACAUUAUAGGAAAGAUGAGCACAAGGAGGAGAGGCAAGGCGGUGGCGCUCUUCGUUGAUCUGCGGGCGGCGUUCGACACGGUGGGUAGGAGGGUGCUAUGGGAGGCGAUGGAGAAAAGAGGGGUGAGGGAGGGGCUGAGGGAAAGAGUGAGGGAGAUAUAUAGGGAGACGAAAAGCAGAGUGAGGGUGGGAGGGGAGGGAUUCUGGACGACAAAGGGGUUGAGGCAAGGGUGCUCGCUGAACCCGAUACUUUUUAAUAUGUUGAUAGCGGAUGUAGAGGAGGAGUUCAGGAAAGGAAGGUGGGGAGGGGUUGAAGUGGGGGGAAGGAGGAUUUGCACGCUAGCAUAUGCCGAUGAUCUGGUGCUGUUGGCGAGGGAAGAGGAAGAGAUGGAGAGUAUGAUUAGGCGGUUGGAAGGAUAUUUGGAAAAAAAGAGGCUGGAGAUAAACGUAGGAAAAACAAAAGUGAUGAGGUUCAAGAAAGGGGGAGGUGGGGAAAGGAAGAUGGAUUGGAGAUGGAAAGGGAAAAGGAUAGAGGAGGUGAAGGAGUUUAGGUAUUUGGGAUAUGUGUUUAAGAGGAAUGGGGGGCAGGAGGCACAAAUUAGGGAUAGGGUAAAGAAGGCGGGGGUGGCAAUGCGGCAGGUAUGGGGGAUUGGUAAGAGGAAGUUUGAGAGGGAUUGGGGAAGGAGGAUGUGGCUGUUUGAUACCCUGGUGUGGUCAGUGGCGGGAUACGGGGUGGAGAUUUGGGGGUGGAAAGAGAGAGAGGAUAUGGAGAGAAUGCAGGAGAGGUACAUCAGGUGGUCGCUGGGGGUGGAUUGGAGGACACCGGGGUAUAUGGUGAGAGAGGAGACGAAGAGAAUGAAGUUGAGGGCGGGGGCAGGAGAAAGAGCAUGGAGAUACGAGGAGAAACUAGGUAGGGGAGAGGGAGGGGAGUUGGCCAGGUGGUGCUUGGUGGUGGUGAGGGAAAGGGAAAGGGAAGGGGAGGUGGAACUGUCGGCAUGGGAGAGAGAAAGGAUGGAGUACAGAAGGGAGAGAGGGAUAUGGGAAGGAGGGGAAGGGAGAAGAGGGCGAGAGGAGUCGGAGGGAUGGGGGGAGCAAGAUGGUAGGAGGCAGGAAGAGGAGAGAAGAGCCAGGAUAAGGCAGUCCAGGUACAAUAAGUGGUACAGGGAGAUCGUAGUGGAAGAGGUACCGAAGUAUUUGAGGGCAGGGUGGGGAGAGGCGAGGUAUAGGCUGGGGAACGAGAUGAGGGGGGGGGAGAUAUUGGGAAGAGGAGGAAGAGAGGAAAUGUAG